AUGACUGAAAAGAGGGCCAUUUUAAAAGCUCUACAAGAAUCGAGUUCAUCGAGUUUUAUUAAAAAAUUGACUCCUGACGAACUUAUUCCUAAUAUCAAGAAGGCAAUCACCCUGUAUGAAACAAUUAAGAAUCCAGAGACUGAUCGAGUUAUAAAACAGAAAGCGUUGAAGACAUUCCAUACUUCUAGAAGAGUUUCCAAUUCACAUUUCUCUUUUAAUAUACCAGAAAAGAGAGAACAUUAUAAAGUUACUUUGAUCAAUGAAAAGCUGAUUGAAAAUGAUUUCCACUUGGAGGUGAAUGAAGAGUUGUACAGGAUAUUUUCUGGCGAAGACGUUUACGUCAAUGCUAAUCAAAAUAUAUUCCCUUACAGUAUGACUUAUGCUGGAUAUCAGUUUGGUAGUUUUGCUGGUCAACUAGGUGAUGGCCGAGUUGUAAAUCUUUUUGAGUUAAAAGAUAUUAACCAUAAAACUCAAAGUUUUCAACUGAAAGGUAGUGGGACUACUCCUUAUUCACGUUUUGGUGACGGUAAGGCAGUAAUUCGCUCCAGUAUUAGAGAGUUCAUUAUAAGUGAGUCAUUAUUUAGUAUAGGCAUACCUGCUACAAGAGCAGUUCAGUUAACAAUUUUACCAGGCACAAAAGCGCAAAGGGAUGGAUUCAAGUAUUAUACAUCAGCUGUAACCUGCAGAAUGUCUCCCAGUUGGAUAAGAGUGGGGAAUUUCGACUAUUUCUCUUGGAAACCUAACAUGAAGAAUUUAUUAAAGUUAACUGACUAUUGUAUUUCUCAUUUAUUUGAUAAUGGUUCUGUUUUCCAGAAGGAAAUAAAUCUCAAUAAUUUUAAGAAGGACUUUUUCAAAGAGAAAGUAAGCAAUAUGUCCUCUUCCAAGGAGUCUUCUACUAAUGAACAUAUUGCAACGCUUGAAGAUGAAAGUAUUUAUGAUCAGUUUUUCAGACAUGUUGUAAAAUUGAAUGCAGAAACGGUCGCAUAUUGGCAAGCAUAUGGGUUUUUAAAUGGUGUUCUGAAUACAGAUAAUACUUCAAUUAUGGGUUUGUCUAUGGACUUCGGUCCAUUUGCUGUAAUGGAUAGGUUUGAACCUGAUUAUACACCGAAUCAUGACGAUGUAACCGAACGUUAUUCAUUUGCAAACCAACCAACUGUUAUUUGGUGGAAUUUAGUACAAUUUGCAAAAUCAAUAGCAGUAUUAUUGGGUUCAGGUGACAAACACAUCAAAAGCAUUCAAGAAAUGAAAGAUAUUACCGAAUUAUCGAAAGAUAUGGAAGAAGAUAUAAUAAAAAGAGCAAAUGUUCUGAUACCAUUAGUAGAAAAUGAGUAUACAUUCAGAUUCACAAUUAAAUACGCAGAAUUGAUGAGUUUAAGAUUAGGUGUUAAUCUUAACUUACCAACUGACCUGUCGACUGCUGUUGACAUAGAGAGAGCUGCUCUCAUUACUAAGGAAUUUUGUUCAGCGAUUGUUGAACCUCUUUUGGAUAUUUUGCAAGUAACUAAGAUAGAUUAUAACAAUUUUUUUGUCAAGCUACAAGAAUUCAAUACUCCUUUGAUCUCUGAAAAUUUUGAAAAUUCCAUAAAUAAGGUUAAUGUUGAUUAUCUGAAGAUAUUUUUUAAUGAUGAUUCAUUAGCAAGACUUGCAACUUAUUUUAACGGAGAGAAGAAAUUGGCACAAAUGGCAAGAGAAGAUUCUGGUGAGAUACACAAACUUUUAGAAAUAUUUGAGAAAAUUGAAAAUUGGACUCUAAAUUAUUCUAAAUUAAUUUUCAGCGACAGACAAUUAAUUGCUUCGAAGUAUAAUCCUUUGUUUAUACCAAGGUCUUGGGUAUUUGAUGAAGUUAUAGACAGUAUAAUUGAGGAUCAAAAAAACCUUCUAGAUAACCCGGAAGCAACUCUAGAUUUAUCUCUUUUGUACAAGCUCUAUAAUAUGAGUUCAAAUCCUUAUAAUAAGGAACUUUGGGAUCAUACAUUAAGACCAGAAAAAGAGCUUGAGUGGACUAACAUGGAUAUACAAGGAAUUAGUGAUUCAAAGCGUUAUAUGAAACAAUGUUCAUGUUCAAGUUAA